AUGAUGAGGAAGGCACAACCUGUGGAGGACAAGCGUCAGCAGGCACGGGAGACCAUGGAGGAUGAUAGAGAAGAGCUCUCGAGAAUGAAGGCAGAGAAGGAGACCUUUCGUGCUGCCAUGGCGCUCGAGGGAAGAGAGGUCGUUCGAAGCAGAGAAGAGCUGGUGAGGAUGAAGAGAGCGAUGGAAGAGCUGCAAGUAAGCAUGGAGAUCGAGAAUCGGAAGCGAAGAGAGGUCGAGGAGAAGCAGAGAAUCGAGCAGAGGCAGAAGGAGCUAGCGCAGGAGAGGCUGAAGGAGGCGAUAGCAGAGGUCGCGAGACUAAAGGACGCCGUGAACGCGAGGGAGCUGGAGGUUGUCAACACGACGAAAAGGAUGCUGGACGUGGAGCAAGACAGGGAGUACAUGAGCAGAGAGCUGCAGGCCAUGAGGUACAUCCUUGAAGCCAACAAGAAGGGGAUGGGGGAGAGGGAGCUGCAGCUGCAGGAGUGUCGGGAACAGGUCCAACUGCUGGUGGAAGAGAAGAGAAGGCUACAAGACGAGCAGGCUGCUCUGCAGGUUCGGCUGGACUGCUCGAGGAGGAUCGCGGACGAGCAGGACAAUCACUUCCUGCAGACGGAGAAGGCGCAGCGGAGGAUGAGAGAGGUGGAGGAGAAGGCGGCAGAGAUCUUCACAGCCCUUACAAGGGCGAACAUCCGCGUUGAAGAGCUUGAAGGAGAAAUGGGGGAAGCUGAGAAAACGAUAGCUGAGCUAAGACUGGACGUGGAGAGGCGCGAUGAGAUCAUAGAACAGUUCUCGUCGAACAUCCUCCCUUCUCCCCGAACGCCUCUGAUCACCGAUGGCAUGCAAUUGGACGGCCGGAGAGAGGAGAAGGAGAGGGAGGUGGAAAAGGAGAUGUCGAAAUUGAGGGAGGAGAAACAUUUCUUGAUGUUGGAGAACGAUGAGAUCAAAGCUUACAAGCAGGCUCUCGAAGAGAAGAAAUGGUGUGAUGAUGAUGAUGAUGACGACGACGACGACGAUGACGAUGACGAUGACGAUGACGAUGACGAUGAUGAUGAUGAUGACGACAACGAUGACGACAACGAUGAUGAUGACGAUGACGACGAUGAUGAUCAAAAGCUCAAGUCCAACCUUGACGCAGAAAUGAGGGAGAAGAAUGGUUACAAAGACAUGAUCGAUGAUCUGAAGAUCAAAUUGUCUUCAGAGAAGGACCGGGCGUACCAGGAAGCAGAGGAAGUGUUUCGGGACGACAGAGGGGCGCUGGAGCUGUCUGUAGCAAAGCUAGAGUCGAACUUGAGCACAACAUACAACGAGCUUCAGCUGUGUAAGGGAGAUCUGAUCAUGAAGCAAGAGGCCUGGGGGAAGCAGAAGUCGAUCUUCGAACAAGAGAUCUCGCGCCUUCAGAGGCUGCUCACGCUGAAACAGGUCCAUCUGAUAUUGUGUUGGAAUGUGAUGCCGGGAGGAGAAGGAGACAAGUCGUUGUGUUGUUCGCGUGUUGUCGCUCUUGGGCAUGUUCUUGACAGGACACGUCAGGCCAAGGCGCAAGAGCUGGAAAGGUACAACAUGGAGACUGCGAAUGGAUUUGCUCGAGGAGAGACUAGAAAGGAGACGAAGGAGGUGAAGUCCGGAAAUGCCGCAUCACAGCAGGUCAAGGAAGGGGGCCAGCGAAUGCCGGCGGAGCAGGAGAUGAGGGAAGACGCAAAGCAGCUCUGCAUCGAUCAGCUUGUUCGCAAGCUCGCAGACUCAGAGAGCAGGUGCAGGAGACUUGAAAAGCAUCUAGAGAUCUCUACCAGGUCUGCCUUGUUCUCCUUCACUUGUUCCUGCGGGUUGAAAUGGGAGAGCAAGGCAGAGUUGUACAACCUUGUCACUGAACUGAGAGCUCAGAGAGAUCUUUGUAGAAGACAACAAGCUGAGCUUGAGUCCUCUCUGGCGAAAGAGGAAGUCCACCUUGAGAAGCAAGCAGCGUUAGAGUCUUCUUCGCCCUUCCAGUUUGUUCUGCGGGAAGUAACAACUCAGUUCAACGGAGCCAUGUGGGCCAAGGACGCGAAGCCCCAGCACAUCCUCAACCUCCUCACGGAGAAGCGAGACUUGCAGCAGCAGCUCAGGGCUGCAGACGACCAGCAUCGGCAACUCAAGCAGAUCGUCAAGUACAACAAGUUUGCUCUCUUGGCUCUGCGCUACCUGCUGUGGAAGAGGACCAAGGAAUUUGAGGAGCAGCAACAAGAAACUGCCUUGAGACUUCGAGUCUCCGUCCAGUUGCAACAAGAAAACAACGACAACAAGACUGAGCUCUCCAGGAGAGAAGAUGUCACGAACAGGUUCGAAGAUCUCAUCGCCAAGUUCGACUCGGCCCGAGAGACCAUGGAGCGAAGACUGAAGCCUGUCGACCCAUCGCGACUCGCUGUCGACUGCUCGUCACAGACGGAGGAGACGCCCAUUGCUGCUGAAUCUUUGUCGGUGCUGAGGGAUCAGCUGGAUCGGGCGGAGGCAGCCAACCUUGACUUGCAGCGGGAGAGCGAGUCACGUGCCGAGCGCUGCGAUCAGCUGGAGAGAGAUCUUCAAGCUCUUCGUCAGAGAUAUGCUGCCUUGCAAGCUCUGUACGAGAAGUCGUUUCUUGAAAAGGACAAGAUACAAGCCGGUCCCGUGCGGGAGGGAUCGCAAGGCGAUGGUUGGCUCUCCUCUCGUGGGAUGGUGAAUGAGAGCAUGUGUUUGGUAGACGUGGAACAAGUUGCGAUCAGCUCGCAGAGUGCGGACGCCCAAGUGAACAUAAGGAGGCUGGAGGAGCAGUACGUGAAGAUCGAAAACGAGCUGAGAAACGUGUAUGAAGAGAAGAACAACUACAUGAGGAAAUUCCAACUCCUCACAAUCGACAUCGAGCAUGUGAGAAGGGUGGCAGACGAGACGAGGAGGAAUCACGACGACACGUCACACAUGCUGGACGAAGUGAGGAUGGAGAACCGAAGGCUCUUCCAGGAGCUCAACGAUCAGAAGCUCGACAACGGGGACUUGGAAAGGGAGAUCAACCGGUUGAAGGGCGUCAUCGACGAGUACAAGGCAGAGUCAACCAUGAUCGUGUUCCUCCAAGAGCGGCAGAAGAGGAUCCGCAACGCGAUGCAUGAGACGUUCACAGGACAGACCAAGGUUCUUGAGGAUCUUACAGCCGUGCGGGAGCGAUUCAAGGAGGACAUGGAGGACACCAAGAAGGUGGACCUGCAAACAGAGCUGGCAGCAGCGUUCAACAAGGGCAAGACUCGUGACGCUGGCGAGGAGGUCGGGCUCAGCCUCAAGAACAAGUACAAGGUGCUCAACGCCGGGUUGCAGCGAGAAAUCAGGACGCUGUGGAUUGAGAAGCUCCGCUCUUAUCGCCAUGACGUCGGAGAAGCAUGGGUCAUGCAAUCUUCGUCGAAAUUGUUGAAGAACGUCGUCAUGAGCAUCGUUUGA